GGGAGCCUCUGAUUACGUAAUUUGCAAUGGGGAAGAAAAAAAAGGAAACAAAUAAAUUCGAAUGGGAGAAGCCGUUAAAACCGUUAGCUGAAACGGAGGGCCUGGAGCCAGGUAAACAAUCAUCCUAAGUCGCCCUUUUUGUCUGCCAGUGAGACUGUGCUCCACUCUACAGGAGGAAUAUCUUCACUCCAAGCAGAUACUUCCUCAGGCCCAGCUGCCAAAGCAAUUUUGUUGCAGUCAUAGAAACUUUUGUCCAGCUUUCAAGCAACAAACAAGUACAGGCUGACUGGUAUUUUAACAAAGUCUAAACUAUGAAAAAAGGGUCUAAUCAGAAAUCAUCCAAACAAAACCAGCAGACUGUUGCAACGACUACUUGUAAGAAAUUGUUCUUUAAAUUUUCUAAACAGAAGAAACGCAACAGUCAAGGGGACUUUGUAAAACUAUUUCCAUUAGAAGUCAGCUUAAAGAUCUUUAGCAAACUUGACAUUCAGAGUUUGUGCAAUGCAGCAAUAACUUGCAAAAGUUGGAACCAAACCAUUGAGCACUAUGAUGAUUUAUGGAAACACCACUGUUUAAAUAUAAGAGCUGUCUGUCAGCGAGAGGUUGAUGGUGACAGAGGAAAAGGGUACUCAUGGAAAGUCACACUGCAUAGAAACUACUGGAAAAGCAAAGUAAAGUAUGACUGGCUGAGUGGAAAAUAUAGCAAUAUUCAGUCACGGAGUAAUUUACCAGAAAAAUGUAUGUAUCCCAUGGAUGUAGAUACCUGGGGAGAAAUCUUGGAAGCUGAAUUGGAAAGAGUUUUAUACAGAGGAAAUUAGAGAGGAAUUUGUGUGUGCAUUUGUGUGCGUGUGUGUGUGUGUGUGCGCGCGCGCACACAUAUAUAUGUGUACCUUUUCUGUAGUUUGGUUUGUGAUUGCUUUAUAUAUGUUUAUUUAAUUUUACACUUUCAGAAUUGUAAAUAUUUUAAUUAUUACAUAAUUUGAAAUGCUAUAUGUAAAAAUGUUUCUUGAUGCUCAUAAAGCACUUUAUAAAUAAUGUCAAAUAUUUUAUAAGCUGGUGGCUUAGUCUGCUAGUGGUCCUUCCAAAUGGUUAGAACUGCUAUUCCUUUCAAUGCAAGCUUGCAAGUCCAUUAAUGGAAAUGAUGGAAACUGUAAUGUAAAAGCUAUGGAGGAUAUAGGUUACCUAUCCUUAAAGUAUAUUGAUUUAGAAGAUUUUUGCUGAAUAGUCUGAUUUAUCUUUACACUGGUCUUUGAUCAAAAUAAAGAAUGGUUGACUAAUCUGAUUUAUCUGUUUAUAAACAUUUUGUUUCAAGAUUGCAAUUAAAGGUAUUGAAUUAAAAUUAAAUUUCACUGCAGUUUUUAAAUUUUAAAAUAGGCCUAUAUAAGUGUGUGUUUAGAUUUAUAGAUAAGGAUUAAAAUCCAAAAUCAUUACUCAAAAUUGUGAUAUGGUGUUUUUAUCCACAAAGCCUAAUUGUCAUAGCAUAGUUCUUUAGACUACACAGUAUCAUAUUAGACAAUGGAACAGAAUUCUGAAAAUUCUGCAGAGGAAAUACUUAUUAUUUUAUCACAAACCAAAUUUAUGAAAAUUUAACCUACAAAUGAUUCGUAUCAAAACCUUAGUGAGAACUAAGCUCACAGCCUACUAAUUACACUUCCUUCUAAGUUCAUUAGACCAAUGUCAACUUUAAGCAAAAAAAAUAUAUCCCUUCAAAAAAAAAGCAACUGAUAUUUUCACAGCAAUUUCAAAUCUGAAAGGGUUAAUAGAAUCAAGAAUCACAAUAUUUUGUGAUAGCCAACUAUUUCUUCACCUGCACAUCUUUGAAUCUACUUUCCUCUCACCCCAAACUAAGUUUUUGGUAAGUAUCCAGGGAGUGGGGAUCUGAUAAACUUUGUGGGCAAUGUGAUACUGGGCUUUAGCAAAAAAGGAAGUAAUUGACAGGUCUGCAACAGUAUUGUAAAUUCCUUUCUUCAUUUGUUGCAGUUGUUGUUGGCCCUUUCCUACUAUGGCUCUGUAAGAUUUCCUAUUGGCUUAGUUUCCUCUUUUUACAAGAGGCAAUUUUAGGGGACAAGAGGGAGGCAAGAAAAAUGUAUUGCAUCAGCUUUUCUUGAAAUUUUCCUUUUGUGUCACUUCAAUGACCUGUUUCUUUCCAUUCUUUCUUCACUUUAACUUUUUUAAUCUUGAGGAAUUUGAAUUCUUUAAAAUACCCAAAAAUAUGUAACACGAUUAUCAGCAAUUAUAACCAGAGAAUAUUAAAUUAAUAAUAAGCACUGUGGCUGGGUUAGCAUUCUUACAAAUGUAUUAACAUCUGACAGUGUACUAACAUCCAAAGUUUGAGACUGUGUUUAAUGAAAACAUGAGUACAUUUGUAACAAGCUGUCCUUAACUUUAUACCACAGACAUUCAUUGAAGGUAAACUAGAACAUAACAAAUUAUUUUUAGUUUGUAUAAGCGAAAUAGCUAAAUAAGAAGAUUAUAUUACAGUGUAUGAUCACAAUCAUUUGAUCAAUUUGGAGUAUGAAAUUUAUUUUAUCUGAACUUCUUGACUGAGGAAGUCUAAAUUUCUCUCAGUAGAAAGAUAGCAAUAGCACUUAACAAUAGCACUUAGACUUAUAUACCAUUUGUCAGGUCCCCAAUUCCUUACUGUUUUCCUUGCACAUAUACUCUUGUGCUCUUGUUUUAGGACCUGCCAUUUUGCUGGGGGGGAGGGGAGAUACUUGCUUUCGCUUGGGAUAACUUUCGCUUUCUAUUUUUCCUCUCUUGCCUCUAUCCACUUGAGAAAGGAAUGUGUCUCCCUUAUCAGGGAGACGGUUACAGAGAAACGAAAUUGGAGAAGAUCUUGAGAUGCGCGCCCACUGUGCCA